CUGGGCUCGGCCCCCGGACAGUGGCGGCGGCAGUAGCAGCCGGAGCCAGCACCGCCCCGAGCGGCUCAUGGUGGCGCCCGAGACCCAAGAGCAGCGGCCGCUCUGGCAACGCCAGCUGAGCCGGAUCCCGGCGGCACCCAGCGCGGGCGGGCGCCCGGCGCUCACCUCCCCGCGCGUCCCUCGGGGGCUCGCUCCUGACGGGGCCGCCCGCCCCCCGGAGCCGCCUCAGGGCAGCGGCGAAGGGCGCCGGGCGGCGCCAGCGACGGGACUAUGGGCGCGAAGCAGAGCGGCCCGGCCGCCGCCAACGGCCGCACCCGGGCGUACUCGGGCGGGGAUUUGCCCUCCGGCAGCGGCGGCGCGAACGGGGCCGGCGGGCGCUCGGCGGGGGCCGGCGGGAGAUACACGCCGCUGGCGCCUCAGGCAGCCCCCGGGGGCUCGGCGGCGGGAGCUGCGGCCGCUCCGCCCGUGGCUGCGCCCCGGAGCAGGUCCCUAGUCGGGGCGGCAGCCUCCGGGACCAGGGCCGCCCAGUCAGCCUUCAGCAUCCCCCACAGCAGCGGCCCCUACGGCUCGCAGGACUCGGUGAACAGCGCGGCCGAGGAGGGCGGCCGGGGGCGGUCCGCAGUGGGCGGAGGACACGGCGGGCCCCGGCUCGUGAUCGGCUCGCUGCCAGCGCACCUCUCACCGCACCUGUUCGGAGGAUUCAAGUGCCCUGUAUGUUCAAAGUUUGUAUCUUCAGAUGAAAUGGAUUUGCAUCUUGUGAUGUGUUUGACGAAGCCAAGGAUAACCUACAAUGAGGAUGUGCUGAGUAAAGAUGCUGGGGAGUGUGCAAUAUGCCUGGAAGAGCUGCAGCAAGGGGAUACUAUAGCACGGCUGCCUUGUCUAUGCAUAUAUCAUAAAGGCUGCAUAGAUGAGUGGUUUGAAGUAAAUAGAUCUUGUCCUGAACACCCUUCAGAUUGAGACGACAAGAUUCCUCUUUUGUAGCUUCUUACAUGGAUCAGAAAAUGUAGAGGAUUUGAGAUUCUGUCUUUGAACACAAAUUUGAGAACAUACUUGGCUUAAACUUGUGUUCUUGUGUGUCUGGAAAAGGCAAAGAUAGACAAUCGUGUGGAACAAAAACUGCCGAGUCCAACUGCUUGCCAGUAGAGUCAGCAUACCAAACAUCCAUAUAAAGGACACGCAGGGAUUUUGAAAAUGCUGCACAUCCUGUAACAAUCUUCUCGCCACAGAUGUUAUUGAUGAUUUGUAUUUGAAAGGCCAAAGUUACUAAUUUCAGUCUAACUUUUAAGUUCUCUGCAGAAGCAGGUUAUGGUUGUCUCUCUUCUUACCCCAAAUGGAAAUUGAUGCAUUCUAAAUCAAAACUAUCUGAAACAUUUUCAUGAGGAUCACCAUAUUUUUGACUGGAAGUGUUUUAAUCUUCUCUUAGGCUGAAGAAGAGCAAAUGGCAAGCAAUCUAGCAGUGUGACCUUAUUCACUGAAUUCACACCCUGUCCUCAGUACAUUCUUCACCUUCUUCAAGAACAGGAAAUGAAAACUACUUCUGCAUAGGAAAACUGUAUUUCAAAGUUUUGUUAACUAAACCUUUGUCAGAAUGCUGUCCAAAGAAUAAAACCAAGGCAGCUGACUAACUUAUAUUGAUUGAGCUAUAGAAUUGUUGAAAUCUGGAUGCUGUAUUGCUAUUUAAGUGUACUAAAAUUUCUCUGUUUUACAGCUUGUUGGUAAAAAAUGCAGCAAAGCAUAAUCUUGCAGCUAUGCAAUUUUUUUUAAUGGGAGAAUUUACCAAUUUUAAGUGCUGCCAGUUAAGGUAAUUUGUUUAACGGGUAUUUUUUUUAAAUGUUUCAGGUAAUUAUUUUAUUGUACUACUUUCAUCUCCAGGCUGCCUCUUUAGGUUUAGGGGAAUAACUGCAAAAAUGGGCACAGUGAAGUUUCCUAGGCAUUAGAGUAAUGAUAUUACACGGGGGUGGGAUUUACAUUAACUUUUGAAACACUUUUUAUACGUAAAUUUUUUAAUUGAAAUUUUCUUGAUAGCAGAGCCAUAGUAAUUUGCACCUAACAUCACUUAUCUGUUUAUGUGGACAUUAGCAUUUGGCAGUAUUUUUAACACGCACCUGCAUUUGUUUAAUUUAUUACUAUUUUCCUAUAUUACUAUAUUUGUCUUUAUAUAUCAGGAUUUAUCAAACAUGGGAUAUCCAUAGGGGGAAACAGCAAACAAAAUGUGGAUAAAUAUUCCCAUGAAACAUCACAAUUUAAAAAAACAAAACCAAACUGGAACAGAUAUCACAGCUUAGAAGGAAAACGUUAUUUUAUUUCAAGAAUGGAUAUGUAGCAGCUUCUGAAUUUUCACAUUACAGGGAUAGAUUGACUAUUAGUGACUGCAAUUUUUAGUUAAGUUUCAAUAGCAAAAAUAAAUUACACAACACCUUUUUCUUAAGUGUCUAAGUAUUGUCUUGUGUGCUUAAUUUGGCUGGCAUUGUAUUCUUAAUUCUGUAUUUUUCUCCUCUGUUGCUGCUCUUUCAUAUUAAAAAGGGCAAGUACAGGAGCAACUGCUGCCACCCAGAAGAAUUAGUGCAUUGCACACUAUAAGAAUCCCCCAUUUUGCUUGUCAAAUGACUUCAGUCUAGAGAACCUUUUUCCUUAAACUUUAUGCUGUGAAAUGCCUUUUGUUAUGCUGCAAAUCUGACACAAUCAAAACUGGUUAAUGCUGACAACUGACAGUACAGUUUCCAUGGGGCUUUUUUCCCUUGCAUAAUCACUCUCAAUUGAAUCUAUAGUUAUAGGGCCCAAUCAUACUCUUUAAUUUCAGUGGGAGCAGGAUCAGACUCUGGCGUGUUUUAAACUGUGUAGUCACAUCAAACAAGUUCUCCUGACCAACGAUUGACAGUAGUUUCCAGUAUAGGUUUUGUUGUUGCAGGGAAUUGUUUUGCUGCCUUGUAUUAAGGAGAAAAAGUUGCAGCUGUAAUAUUUUAUUAGGGACGUUGUUGCCUGGAAGCUUACUUUCCUGGUAUUUUGAAUCACUUAUCUUCUGAAAGUAAGUUUUUUGCAUUUAUAUUGAUUUAACAUUUGCUGUUAGCUUCAUGCCAUACAAUGUCAAUGCACAAUACACUUUAGUGCUCAUCAUCCUCCAUCCACAACGAACUAUGGGCUCAACUGCUGGAGCAGAAAUUCCUCUGUAAUUUACAAUGAAAGUUUGGGGUGUUUUGGUGUCCUGUGCUUCAAGGUUGUAGGUAGUUUUUGGCUUAGGGAUUAAGUAGAUCAGUAUUUAAACAUGAAUCUGUUUACAAUUUGUGUGAUUUCAGUAGUUCACUCUUUCAAUUAAUCUGCUGCUUUUUCAAAACCUGAAUCUUCUGGAUUUAAAUGCAUAAGUAAAUAGUUGAAAGAACAAACUCCCCAGCAUUUAUCAUCACGAUCAGAAGUUUAAAGCCAGUGUCCAUGCUGUAGUUGAAACAUGCCAGCAGCUGUCACUUUUAUAUAUGGUGGUUGCUUGCAGGUUUGCCCCCCUGGCCAUUGGAGAGAGUGGAUUUUUUUUUUUUUUUUUUUUGGACUGUUUGGGGUUGUUAGGAUGGCUUCAGUCCUGGGGCCUAAUCCUAGAUUUCUGGUUCAUCCAAAACUCCUUCUGAGGUCAAUGGAAGUUUUGACUGAGCCAAGGAAAGAAGGAUUAGAUCCUUAAUGUGGACAAAACUUGGAAGGAUAUGGAAAAAUUAAACAUAAACUUGUAUUCAGAACUCCUUAUGGAAGUUCAUGUAUGUAAGCUUUCAUCUCAAACGAUUAUGAAAAAAAUUGUGUACACAUAACUACAUAAUUAAGCCUAUCCUCAUUUUAAAAAUAUCCCCUCACCAAGGUCUUGGACCACUGUGCUUCAAUAGGGGGAAAGUGUUCACUCUUUUUGAGUAGAGGAAGACCACACUUGCACACAUUAGAAGCCAAUAGGUUAUGAUAAAAUUUAGAUGUGCCACAUUUUCUGCCUGUAAAUAUAUAGAUUGCCAAUUUAUAUUGCUUCCGUUUUUCUUUCAUCUGACCUAUAUCUUGCCCAAGUAUGUAAGAGUGAACAAAUUCCCAUACUCAGGUUUGCCAUAUACAUGCUGCUUACCGAAAAGAGAAGAGUAGACAUAGGUUAUCUUGAAAUGUGAGGUUUUUCAAAACCUCAUUGUAUAGCAAACAUCUCAAGUAAAAGUUUCAUUUAAAGGUGAUAGGGAGUGGUUAUGAUUUGGGUUUUGUAUGAUCAUCCCAUAUGGUAUCAAGAGAUCCAUGCUGCUAAUAGUUACAGGACUGUGAUCAUCCUGUCUUUUGUAUCUUUAAUGCAUCGGUUAUCACUUAUGUUUUAAAUAGUGAGCUAGUUUUCACUGUGCAUGUACUCUAGACAUUGAUUUGAGUGGAAUGUAAAAGGAAAGAUGAUGAAGCCUACUGCAAAUUUGAAGUAAGCUAUUUUAUUUUGGGGAAAAAUGAGUUUAAAUAGAUUAUAAACUAGAGCCUCUCCCAAUUCUAGUGUGCAAGGGGAAGUGUACUGCAGUAUUUCUAAAUGGGGCGUUUGAAGGUAACCCACAAUGGUGGGAGUUAAUUCUUUGUGAUCUUUUUUGCUUUUUUAUGAUGUAAAGGGUGUUUUAUGAUUUCAAAAACAAAAACAAACUCCCCUGAAAAAUUACAAGUAUUUCAUUUUGAGUUCCAUUUUUGCUAAAGGACUGGAGAGCUAGUAAGAUUAUGACCUCACAAAAGACUAAAACCUGAGCAAUUGUGGGAAAAGGAAUUUUAAGUCAGAACUUUUGCAACUUUGUUUUGGUUAUAAUAUCUAACUUCUCCUGACACAAACUUGGGAUAAAAGCUUUCUUAUUGAAAGAUUGAGCACUCCUGUUCUUUUAUUUGAGGGCUUAAGAUGUUCCCUCUUCAAUCUUCCAGG